AUGCAUACGAAGAUGGUCCAAGUUCUCUGGGGAUAUUUCCUCCUGUGGAAUUUCUACUUCUCAUCUGCUCAUACCAUUUACCCUGGAAUCAAGGCGAGGGCUACUCAACGGGCUCUGGACUAUGGCGUUCAAGCUGGGAUAGAGAUGAUUGAGCAAAUGGCCAAGGAAAGAAACAUCCCAGAUUUAAAAGGUUCUGAAUCUCUUGAAUUUCUGAAGAUUGAUUAUGUGAACUACAAUUUUUCAAACAUAAAAAUCCAUGCCUUUUCGUUUCCAAAUACUUCGUUAGCUUUUGUGCCCGGGGUAGGGAUCAAGGCACUGACCAACCACGGCACAGCCAACGUCAGCACACACUGGGCAGUCAAGUCCCCACUUUUCCAAGACACAGGAGGAGCUGAUCUGUUUCUCUCCGGGGUCUACUUCACGGGUAUCCUUAUCCUGGCCCGAAAUGACUUUGGUCACCCAAUUCUGAAGCUGCAAGACUGCUACGCCCAAGUGAGCCAUGCCCACGUCUCUUUUUCUGGAGAACUGAGUGUCCUGUAUAACUCCUUUGCUGAGCCUAUGGAGAAACCCAUUUUAAAGAACUUAAAUGAAAUGCUCUGUCCCAUUAUCACAGGUGAAGUGGAAGCACUGAAUGCCAACCUCAGCAUGCUGGAGGUUCUAACCAAGAUUGACAACUAUACUCUGCUGGAUUUUUCCCUGCUCAAUGCUCCAGAAAUUACUGAGAACAACAUUGACCUGGACUUGAAGGGCGUAUUCUACCCACUGGAAAACCUCACCGACCCCCCCUUCCCCCCAGUGCCCUUCAUGCUUCCAGAACGCAGUGACUCUAUGCUCUACGUUGGAAUCUCCGAGUAUUUCUUUAAAUCUGCGUCCUUUGCUUAUUUUACAGCUGGGGCUUUCAAUGUCACUCUCUCCACAAAAGAGAUUUCCAGCCACUUGGUUCAAAACUCUCAAGGCAUUGGCAACGUGCUCUCCCGGAUUGCAGAGAUCUACAUCCUGUCCCAGCCCUUCAUGAUCCGCAUCAUGGCCACGGAGCCUCCUGUGAUCAAUUUGCUACCGGGUAACUUCACCCUGGACAUCCCUGCCUCCAUCAUGAUCCUCACCCAGCCUGAGAACUCCACGAUCGAACCUAUCGUUUCCAUGGACUUUGUUGCUAGUACCAGUGUUGGCCUAGUUAUUUUGGGACAAAGAUUGAUCUGCUCCUUGUCUCUGAACAGGUUCCGCCUUACUCUGCCAGAAUCCAGACGCAGCAAUAUCGAGGUCUUGAAGUUUGAGAAUAUUCUGUCCUUCAUUAUCCACUUUGGCAUCCUCCCACUGGCCAACGCAAAAUUGCAGCAAGGAUUUCCUCUGCCCAACCCACACAAAAUCUCAUUUGUCAAUUCAGAUAUUGAAGUUCUUGAGCAUUUCCUUUUGAUUUCCACGGACCUGAAGUAUGAAACCUCCUUAAAGCAGCAACCAAGUUUCCAUGGUUGGGAAGGUCUGAACCUGAUCAAUGGACAGUGGAGCGGGAAAUCAGCCCCUUGACUGCCUGCUUGGGGUUCACUGCAGGAAGUAAAUGGCCCUUAAUCUCACCUACUGUAAACCCAGAGGGAGAAGACAGCACGCACUGGAAUUUUAAAGUUCUCCUGAAGUGUUUAGGCUGGAAGUUUUCUUUCUCCAGCCCUCAGGGACAGAGGGAGACAAACUGGGUUAAAGAGCUAAAUCAGGGUGUGUUCGUCUCUGUGCGUGGAGGGGUGGAUGUUUGAAUGUGUGUUCAUGUUUGAAUGCAUGAAUGUGUUCCUGCGUUUAUGAAAUCCUGGAGCCAAGAGCUAGGCAUGUACUUCUGACAAGGUACAUGAGAAAUUUCUCAAGUACAGAUUUGAAUCAGUUUGAUCGGUGGAGAUCCCCUCAGCCCUCUCAGCUCUCUGGGGUUCUCCCACUCCCUGCAUAUUGGAUUUUAUGUUUUAUAUUUACUGCUA